AUGUCCACACCUUAUGGAUCGUUACCGUUACCUACCGUAAACUCAGGGUCAAACCCAACAAACGAUAGUGCCACACCCAAUACAGUACGUCUCCUCUUCGAAAAUGGAUGGGAUGGUCUGGUGCCAAUAGAUGACCCAGAAUCCUUCGAACAAAAGGCGAAUUCCUUGUCUUCUCAUCCUGCUCCAGAUGUCAUCCUCUAUGCACGGAGAGGAGUCGGAGGAGACAAAGAAUCCACUGUUUGGUCUGUAUGGACCCUCAGCAAUGCCUCAACGAGGACAUUUUGUUAUUGCUUGAACAACGCUUGGGAAGGGGACCGCUGUUGGACCAAGAGACCUAUAACACCGACGAGGCAGAGGUUGUCUCCUACUGUUAGCAAUGUGGCGGAGACUCGAGUCCCCGGGAAGGUGUCGUUCUUCUUGGAUGAUCCGGAGGGGUUCUUACAUCAAAUUCGCGAGGCUACUUUAAGGAAAGGAGAGAAAGUCAUUGCCCAGGGAAGGUUGGAAUUGCGAGAUGGAUCAAAUCAGGCUAAUAAGAAGGUGUCAACAGAAUGGAUACCAGUCUGGGGGAAGACUUGGUCACCUUCCGAUGCCAAGAGUGUGAGCCAAUCAGAAUAG